AUGGACACAACAACUGGCGAUCAGGAAACCAACGAUCUGACUGCGGAGAAUCAUGAUGAGCGAAGAACAGUUCAAGAAGCUGCUCGAACGGCUGACUGGCAAGGGAGGAGGAGCAUCGGUGGAAGAGAAAAGAACUCAGAAGAGAUAGACUCGAUCACGGCACUACUGAAAAGAUUCGAGUAUGACCCGGAGAAUGGGAUCACCUUCAGUCACUGGUACGAUCGGUACAGAGAGAUGCUGACGGAAGAAGGUGCGGAUCUGAACGAGGCGACCCGGCGACGACUUCUCAUUGGCGCUCUGGGCGAGAUGGAGUACAACCGGUUCGCGAAUCGUGUGCUGCCGAAGAAGGUGAACGAGCUAUCUUGGAACGAAACCGUCAAAGCGCUGAAGACGUGUUUCACUGCCACGAAGUCAGUGUUCCAAGAACGUUUCGAGUUCUUGCGAAUGUCGUAUUCCGGAGGUACGUUGAGUGAGUACACGGGAUUUGUGAGGUUGCAGUUUGGCAAAUUUACGGAUGUGCAGAUUUGUUGCCUGGUGUGGACGCUGGGACUGAUGCCCGACGAAACUGAGGUGAGAGUCAGAGCUCUACAAAUUCCUGAGACUAAGCCGGAUACGACGCUGGUGCAACUGGAAGAGCAAGUGACGAGAUUUCUGACAAUCAAGGCCGAUGCGAAGGCGAUCGGUGGCGUCCCGCGACAACUUCGAGGUCAACGUGGUGAGAGCGAAACCGAGGGACAAUGGUGUCCAGUCGGGGACAGCGGCUGCCAGCGGAAGUGCGACAACGUCGAAGUCCAGCUCGAAAAGUCGCUCGAAGAGGUGUGA